AUGUCGGCCAACGCCCCCUUGCUUAGCGGCACCAUCGAGGCAGACGAGGACGUCCAGACGACGCACCAGUUCCCCACCGGUAACAUUGGCGAGAGCGCCGCGCCCAAAACUCGGAAUGCUGCCGAUCCCGUCGUCCUCGUCCCCGGAACCGCACCAAGGGAUGCUGAAGAGGGUGGUAUUAACAGUUGGAAUACGGCUGUGACGGCCAUCCCAGCCUUCCGCAAUGUUCAACCCCCGCAACCCAUCAGCACAAACAACCCCUUGGGAACAACAGCUGACGUCCAGGCCGCCAUCCUCAAGCAGUCAUCGCACCCGGGUGCGCUUUUCUGCCUGUACUUUUUCCGCUCGGCGGCCAUUGCCGUCUACGUCCUGUGCGGCCUCUUCACUGACAACUACGUCCUCUCUAUCACGAUUGUCGUCGUCCUCCUCUCGCUCGACUUUUGGAACACCCGAAAUGUCGCGGGCCGCACGCUCGUGGGUCUGCGGUACUGGAACGAGGUGGACGAGGAUGGAGAGAGCAGCUGGGUGUUUGAGUGCCGCGACCCGUCGCAGGUCCCCAACCCCAUCGACACCAAGAUGUUCUGGAUUGCACUCUACGCCUACCCCCUCGGCUGGGUCGCGCUGUUUAUUGUCUCAAUCUUCAAGUUCAACGUCUCGUUCUUGCCCAUCGUCCUCCUUGCCCUGGUGUUCAACAUGUCCAACGUUGUCGGAUUCACCUAUGCCGACCGCGACGCGCAGCGCCGGUUUGCCAAUGGCGCCAGCAGCAUGCUCUCGGGCCUUCCUGGCCUUGGCGGUAUCGGUGGCCAAGUCAUGGGUGGCCUCGUGCGUAACUCCGUUGGACGCAUGUUCCGCUAG